AUGCCAUUGCCGCAAUCGAAGAAUCGCGUUGGCCUUGGCCAUGCAAUCUUCAAUCGUCGCGCAAAAGAGGCGCGUAUGCAGCAUUCUUCUGAGUUCCAUACUACAGAUACGCACGUGGGACAGCCAAAAUAUACACGCCUGCAAUCGGUGACGCACCAAGGCGAUUUGGAAGAGUUUCUGAACACGGCGUCGCUCGCGGAUGCGGACUUCACCGCAGAGCGACGCAAUAAUGUGAAGGUGGUUGAUGUUCCGAGCGAGUCACGCACCCGGCACAAUCCAUACCUUUUGACUGCACAGCAAGAAGCCAGUGUAUUGGAUACGCAUGCCAAGAACCGAGAACGGCUCAGGGUGCCGCGCCGUCCUGUGUGGUCUUCCAAUACGACGCCUGCACAGCUCGAGCGUGCAGAGAAGGAUUCGUUCCUGGAAUGGCGCCGCGGACUUGCCGAGUUGCAGGACGGUUUUGGACUGGUGCUCACGCCAUUUGAGCGCAAUAUCGAAGUAUGGCGGCAACUGUGGCGUGUCAUUGAGCGCAGCCAGCUGCUUGUGCAGAUCGUUGACGCUCGCAACCCGAUACGAUUCCGCUGCGAGGAUUUGGAAAAGUAUGUGCGCAACAUUCCAGCCAACCUGCCGGACAUGGCGUCGGUGCCGCCGGAAGAAAGAGACAACUACCAAGGGCCACGCAACACGCUGCUUCUCAUUAACAAGGCAGACUUGCUUACCCAGGAGCAGCGCCGCACUUGGUCACGCUAUUUUCAGGAGAAUAGAGUCAAUUUUGCUUUUUUCAGCGCCGCGGACGAAACUGCACGGCAGCUGGCGAAGCAGCAGCGAGAAACCCAAUUUGCAGCAGCAGCGGGCAACGAAGACGCGCAGGCAGAAGAAGAAUUGCGCUAUCGCUCGCACACUGACGGGGACGUAGCCGAUCCUGCGCGCAUCCUCAAUGUCCUGGAGCUGGAAGAGCUGUUUAUCAAAAUGGCGCCGUCUUUGGCGCUGUUUGAACGGGACGGAGACACACCCGAAAAGCUGACCGUGGGAUUGGUCGGCUACCCAAAUGUCGGUAAAUCCUCGACGAUCAAUGCGUUGCUCGGCGAAAAGAAGGUCUCGGUCAGCUCCACGCCCGGGAAAACCAAGCAUUUUCAGACAAUCCACUUGAGUCCAACUACCAUCUUGUGCGACUGCCCCGGUCUCGUCUUCCCGCAAUUCUCAACGUCGCCCGCCGAUCUUGUGUGCGACGGUAUCUUGCCCAUCGACCAAAUGCGCGAAUAUACCGCACCUGCCGAGCUGGUUGCACAGCGUAUUCCGAAACAGAUCUUGGAGAAGACGUACAAUAUACAUAUUCCUGUACUUUCCGAAGAAGAGGGCGGCAAAGGACAGCCUACCGGCUUGGAACUUCUCUCGGCAUACGCAGUCGCACGCGGGUUUGUGCGCCAGGGCCAAGGAAAUCCCGACGAGUCGCGUGCAGCGCGCUAUGUCCUCAAAGACUACAACAGUGCGCGGCUUCUUUUCGCUCAUCCGCCCCCUGGCGUUGAUGCGGACGCUUUUAAUGAAGAGCAGCGCGAGAAUACACUUUCCUGCUUGUCGGAGAACAAGCCUCGUGCACAACCUACAGAACCCGCUGAUCCACGCCGAUUGCCCGUCACUGCGCCGGCCUCCAAGACGAAUUCCUUGGACAACGUCUUCUUCGGUACGGGCCCCGCGCCUGGUGUUACCAUCAAUGGCCGUCGUGCGACCGCCCCGCCGGGACGCGCGUCAGAGAAUAUUGAAGGGGUACCGCAGACGCUAAAGGACUCCUCAAAAAAGCACUUUAAAGGCAACAAGCGCUCCAAGCAACGCUCUGGCGCAGGCUAUGCAUAG